AUGGACGCGCCCGGCGGAGCGCGGGAGCCCCGCUUUGGGUCGCCGUACGGUAUGGGACUACUCGGCGAUAUGCAGGACAUGUACAGCGCAGGCCGGCCGCCAAGUGCACUCGGUGGCGGCGGGCUACGGCCUGGCAUGCAGCCUUGUCCGAUGCCGCGCACUGGUGUCAAGAGGACCUCGGACCAGUGCUACGACGAGCGACCCUCACAAAGCGUUGGCCUCGACCACUGCCCCAUCUCCGACAUAGCGGACGAUGGCUAUGCAUCUCUCCAGCCCAAGAAAUCGCCACCUUCUAAUGGCAAAAAGACUAAGGGUCGUGUCAAGAUCAAAAUGGAAUACAUUGACAACAAACUGCGACGGUACACGACAUUCUCCAAACGGAAGACUGGUAUUAUGAAGAAGGCAUACGAGUUGUCGACCCUGACGGGGACACAAGUGAUGUUGCUAGUCGCGUCAGAAACGGGUCACGUAUAUACCUUCGCUACGAGAAAACUGCAGCCAAUGAUAACGUCAGAUUCCGGCAAGCGGCUCAUCCAGACCUGCCUCAACUCACCAGACCCGCCGACUACCAGCGAGCAACGCAUGGCGGCGACCGGCUACGAGGAAACAGAGCUCACGUAUAACGUAGUAGACGAGGAUAUGAAGGUGAGGCAAUUGGCGUACGCGGGUACCGCGCAGUACCCAAUGGACCAUCACCCCGGUCUGGCUCCAUCGCCGCUGCAGCAGUACCACCAGCACCCGCCGUGCCCCUCGCCCCUCCCUCUCGGCUCUUUGGGUCAACCUUACUCCCACGCUCACCUUUCUCAUCCCCACAUGUCCCAUCACCCACAACGGUAG